AUGGUGCAGCGUUGGCGGGGGGGGAAUUGGCUAAAAGAAUUUCAAUCCGGUGCCUUUUUUGCGCUUGUACCCUAUAACUCGAAGGAGCAGUCGGUGGUGUAUCGACCGUUGCGUCUGAUAGUGGCCGCUGAGUGGUGACCAUGUCAUGCAGCCGUACAGCAGUGCCUCCAUCGCCUCCGCCUGGAGCAGGCGGAUCUUGAGUCGGAAUGGCGCUUGCGGUCUGUCGAAGAGCUCCCGGCCAUAUCGCCUGAGGCACGCCCACGCUCCUCUGCUCCUGUAGUUGAUCUCCCGGGUGAGGUCGCCAUGUUCGUUGACGAGGCCACCGAGGUACCGGAACUCGGUCGUCUGGGCGUAUUUCUGUCCCGCGGCUUCGAUGGUCAGUGGUGGAGGCGGGGCGGGCUGUGAUGUUGUAGUCGGCUUGUCCUUUGCGCGCAUCAGGAGCGUCUCCGUCUUCUUCUCCGACACCGUUAGCCCGAACUCCCCGAACACCUCAACGAUGAUGGUCAUCAUUCUCGCCAGUCCUUCUGCAGACCCCGAUACGACGCCGGCAUCAUCGGCAUACAGGAUGUCCCAUAUUGUCCUUCGAACUCGGUCAAGGGGUGGGUGUCUCCUGCCCCCCCCCGCUUCCGUCUUCCCCUCCUCCAAGCACACCAGGCUCCGCAAAACAACAUCAUCCUCGCUGAAUCGGAUGACAACGACCUCGAGGACCUCGGCGAAGAUGUUGAACAGCAGUGGGAAUAGCACACAUCCUUGUCGCACGCCCUGUGUCACGAAGAACCAGUCCGAUAGUUCUCCGUCGUCCAUGCGCACCCGGGCCCGCAUUCCAUCGUGGAAUUGGCGGAUGACUUCGAUCAGCUUCGCGGGAAUCCCGCCCUGGUCAGCACCUUCCAUAGCAUCUCUCGGUCCACCGAAUCAUACGCCUUGUUCAAGUCGACGAAGCACAUGUAGAGCGGUAUUUUCUUUCUCCGCCCCAGCUCCUGGAGGCGGCGCACGACGAACAGCAUGUUGACAGUGGAUCGCCCGGGUCGGAAAUCGCAUUGUUCCUCCAGGAGGAUGUUGUUGGCUUCGCAGAAGGCGCUUAGACGGUUGGUGAUGAUCUUGGCGGGGACCUUGCCUACGUGAGAUAAUAGCAAAAUCCCCCUGUAGUUGUUACAGUUGGACCGGUCACCCUUCUUGUACAGCACCUUGAUGGUGGCAUCCUUCCACUCUCGCGGAAUAUCUCCUCCGUUCCACACCUUGACGAGGAUGGUAUGGAGGUGUGCCAGGACGAAGGGUUCGUCGUCACCGAUCUUGAGCGACUCGGCAGGGAGGGAGUCAUGGCCGCGUGCGUUCCAUUUCUUGAGGCCUUUCGUUGCCCGUGCCACCUCCUCGAGUUCUGGCACAUCUCCCAACCGUUGAGUGUCACGUGUCGCUGGCCGCUGCGUCACUCGUUCGAUGAUGUGUGGGUUCAGGGUAGGGGAUUUGAUGUUGAGUAGGUGCUGAAGAAUUUCGCCCACCGCUGGAGGAUGUCGUCCCUGUUCUGGAGCAGCACGCUCUUCUCAUCCGCGACGAACUGUGGUACGAAGUAGGCUCGUUUCAGGGGAUGUUUGGGUUUUGUCCCCGCUUUGUGGCGGAAUUGGCAUGUUUCUGUGGACGUACGUGAACGAUGUUUUGCAGUAGCAGCAUCGCUGCCGCUCAUGAGUUCAGAAGAGAGAGUCUACCAGGGCAAGGAGCAGAAGGCGAGCUUGAGUGUCCGGUUGCCAGUGCGUCGACAGAGUUCGAAGCGGUGGUUGGUUCCAGCAAGUGAGUGCAGGAGUUCGGUCGAACAGCAGCAGUGUUGAUCGGCUUGAGUUGAGUGCAGCAGCGAGCAGAAUUAACGACAAAGUUUUCUCUUCAAAGCAUAUUCUAUCAUCCUCGGUCUUCGAGUCUUUGAUCUAUCAUCUUCGGCGACAACCGUCCGAGACAUAGAGCAACCCACUGACAAGAACCUCGAACCUAGCACAAGAACCGUUAGCGUAGAGCCACAUCGCUCUGCUUUAGAUUGGCUGAUUGGGUCAUCAGCAGAACCAGAAUACAAAGUAUAACAUUGCCGUCGUCGGCACUUGUUUGUGCGAUUGCUUUUUGCGUCUUUGAGUAUUACAGCAGUAUU